AUGGCAGAAGCGAUUUCUCAGGAGGAAGACUCUUUCACAUGUCCAGUGUGUCUGGAUCUGUUGAGGGAUCCAGUGGCUAUUUCCUGUGGACAUAAUUACUGUAUGAGGUGCAUUAAGGGCUGCUGGGAUCAGGAGGACCAGAAAGGAGUCUACAGCUGCCCCCUGUUCAAGCACACCUUCACUCCCAGACCUGUCCUCUACAAGAACCCUCUGAUUGCUGAAAUGGUGGAGAAAUUUAGGAGGACCAAAAUCCAAGCUGCUCCUCACAAUUAUGUUGGACAUGGAGAUGUGGAGUGUGACGUCUGCACUGGGAGAAAACUCAAAGCUGUGAAGUCCUGUCUGGAGUGUCUGGUGUCCUACUGUGAAACUCACUAUAAAGUUCACAAUGACCUUAACCCAGGAAGAAAACACUCAGUGGUUGAUGCCACAGGCCAGCUACAGGAGAGGAUCUGCUCUCGUCAUGAGAAGGUUCUUGAGAUAUUUUGUCGUACUGAUCAGAGUUGUAUCUGCCUUAUGUGUCUGGUGGACGAUCAUAAAGGCCACGACACAGUCACCGCUGCUGCAGAACGGACUAACAAACAGAAGCAGUUGGGGCAGAGCCAGAGGAGAUUCCAGCAGAGAAUCCAGGAGAGAGAGAAGGAGCUGCAGGAGCUGAGGAAGGCUGUGGAGACUCUCAAGAGUUCUGCACAGACAGCAGUGGAGGACAGUGAGAGCAUCUUUACUGAGAUGAUCCGCUCUAUUGAGAGAAGGCGCUCUGAGGUGAAAGAGCUGAUCAGAGCUCAGGAGAAGGCUGAGGUGAGUCGGGCUGAAGGACUCCUGAAGCGAAUGGAGCAGGAGAUUGCUGAGCUGAAGAGGAGAGAUGUUGAGCUGGAGAAGCUUUCACACACAGAAGAUCACAUCCAAUUCCUCAAGAAUGUCCCGUCAAUCAGAGACUCUCCGCACUCUAAAGAUUUACCCAGCGUGACCUUCAACCAAAGUUUCUCUUUUGAGGCUGUGAAGGAAUCUGUCUCUGCAGUGACGGUGCAGCUGGAGGAGAAACUGGAUGGCAUCUUCAAGCAGGAAGUAGCCAAGAUAUCUGCAGCAGGUUGGACAAGCAUCUAGAAUGGACACAAUCAUGUAUCAUUUGUAUGAGACCUUGUAAUGUUCCAGUUGUUAUAGUUUAAUUGGAUUCUUUCCGACUAUUUAUUUUCUAUUUUAACAGUGAAGCACAUCCAGAUCAUCAGGUCUUUAGAAUGUGAGUCUAUCGUUAAGUUGAAAUAAAACUUCCUUUUAGAGCUAACAGGUCUGUCACAGAUGCUAAAAUACAAACAUUUGCCCAAAGGUGGAGUACACAUGAAUAUACUAUAUAUACAGAGCAAAUGUGUGUUGGUUUGUUCUGUAGAUUGUGUGGGAAUGAGUCUGUGUUUGUUCCCAGGUACUGAUCCUGAACUCCCAGUAAAAAGAACUGACAGUAUGAAACAUCUGCCACCAACAGCCUCUAAGAAUUUGGGCACCCCUGCUCUAAGCCUUUAUAUCCAUCUUGCAACAGAAUGAUAGUUUCACUGAAUCGUUUAAUCUUUAAAACCUUCUUUCAGCUGUCAAAUAGACAUCGGGGUG